AUGCGCCGUAGUUUUCUCCAGUGAUCCCGGUGGGAAGAUGGAGCCCGUGUGUUGGUUGUCAUUGUCAGCCCGAUGGAUUUCGGAUUCUACCUGAACGUAGGAUGUCCCGGCUGGCGGACUAUUUUGUGGUAGUCGGAUUCGAUCAUGAAAAGGAGCGGAGUGGGCUGAGCUGUGGGCGCAUUGAGCAGCGUUUUCCCGAGGAAGACUGGAAGGACACACCAUUCAUCGAGGGCAUCGAAUCCUUCUGCCAGCCACAAGGAUGGGCCCUGGUCACGGCACGCCGCCAGCCGAACUUCUUCGUGGCUGUGCUCACAGACAUCGACGCGCAGCGGCACUACUGUGCCUGCCUUGCCUUCAACGAGCCUGUGGCUUUGACGCCUGCGGCACUGCAGCGUCGACGCCCCGACGAAGAAGAUGAAGAUGAUGAGCAGGAUGAACUGGCAGCCACGGCUGCGGGCCUCAAUGGUGGGGGUACAGGGACACUAGUGCAGCACCACUCACUUAUGUACGCCCCGAAGUGUCUGGUGCUUGUGUCACGGCUUGACUGUGUGCCAGCCUUCAAGAACUGCCUAGGCAUCAUCUACACUGUGUACAUAGACAAUCUGCCGGUCCAGAUUGAGACCCUCGUGGGCAACAUCCUCGGUUGUGUCCAGGUGCCAGCACCAGGGGGCCCUCAGGUGCGCUUCUCCAUCGGUGCGGGUGACCGGCAGGCGCUGCAGCCACCGCUCAGUGCACUGCUGCCGAUAACGUCUUGCAUUGUCUACGAGCUCUUCCAGCAGCUUGGUAUCCACAAUGUUGUCACCCUUUUCUGUGCUGCCAUGACGGAGCUGAAGAUCCUCUUCUAUUCACGGAGUUACUGCCGCCUCAACGAUGCCUGCUCAGCACUCACUAGCCUCAUGUUCCCUUUCAAAUAUAGCCAUGUGUACAUACCCUUGCUACCAGCAACCCUGAUCGAGUUCCUUAGCACACCUACGCCAUUCAUUAUGGGUGUUCAUUCCUCCCUUCGGUCCGAGGUGGCUGAAUUGCUAGAUGUUCUUCUGGUGGACCUGGAUGGUGGCUCGGUGCUUGUGCCCGAGUGUGUCACUGUGUCCAUGUUACCCGAGCCCCUUCACACGCAGCUGUACACACAGCUCUGCAUGGUGCUUCGUCCAGAGCUGAUGUCAGCAGACGAUGCUUUUCCACCCCAACCGCCGGCACCAUCCCAGGCAGCCAUGCUGGACAAAGAGAUCCGUGCCAUUUUCCUGCGCAUCUUUGCCCAGCUGUUCCAGGGUUACAGGUCCUGCCUAACCGUCGUGCGCAUUCACCCGCGACCGUUCAUCACGUUCCACAAGGCGGCAUUUCUUGGACAGCGUGGCUUUAUCGAGAGCGAGUUUGUCACCAAGCUGCUGGACUGCAUGUUCUUCAACACCUUUGUGGCAGAGAGAGGACCACCAUACCGUGUCUGCGACAUCUUCGAUGAGUUGUAUGCGAGCAUGAAUGACCUUCUGAGGACAGAAGCCCGAGAUCCCGACCUGACCUUGCACCACAUCCGGCAGCUUGCUCAACAGCUCUACCUCAAUGAGAAUCCAAAUCCACAGCCAUAUGUAGAAAAGAUUCCUAAACCAACCGAAGGCGCUUUUACCCGUAUCCAUCAGCCUCCGUUCCCAACGCUUGACAGGGAGCUCGUGAAGUCCAUCAUGGAAACGGGACUUUCCAGAAACCAUUUGGGAUCCAAGCUGUCAUCGUUGCGACCCCAGCUUCCACGCAUUGUCCCUGCGGGGCCGCCGAUGAGUCAGGUGUGCUCCCAGGACCCUCGAGCGCUGGUCAACAAUUCGGCACGCCGCCUUGAGGUGCUCUGCAACUGCAUCAACUACAUCUUCGACAACAAGAUCUCUGAUGCACGCAAGGCUAUGCCUGCAGUCUUGCGCGCAUUGAAGAACAAAGCAGCACGGCUGGCACUGACGAGAGAGCUGCAGCAUCAUGUGACUGGAAACAAGGCAGUGCUCGAGCACCAACAGUUUGACCUGGUUGUGCGGUUGAUCAACUGUGCCCUACAGGACGAUUCAGCGCUGGAUGAGCACGGCGUGGCUGCUGGGAUUUUGCCGCUGUCACAUGCUUUCUGCAGGAAGCUGUGCACAGGCGUGAUGCAGUUUGCGUACACGUGCAUCCAAGAGCACGCCGUCUGGGGCCAGCUGCAGUUUUGGGAGGCCGCCUUCUACCAGGAUGUGCAGCGAGACAUCCGAGCCCUCUACCUGCCCGUCUCUUCUUCACCCCAGCACAGCAACAGUGCUCUGCCCAACGGGCAGCCUAACAAGAAUGCGUCGCCCCCGCUUAGUCCUCGCGAGAACAAGGAUUACCCACUGAGCUGGUCAAGGCAAGAGAACUCGAGAAACAACUUUGAUUCAUCCAGUCGUCGCUCAGCCACCUUAAUUAAGCCGCCAGAGCCGAAUGCACUGGAGAUUUGUGCAGAACAGAUGCGCCUCCAGCAGAGUGGGCAACUGAGCAAGGAGGAGACGGAGGAGCUUUCGAGCCGAGAAGAGUCCACGGUGUACAGUCAGGCCAUUCACUAUGCCAACCGCAUGGCUGCGCUACGGGUGCCGCUCGAUGCCUCCCGGCGAGCCGCCCCUGCAGACGUCGCAGCUGACGGGCGCUCAAACUCCAACAGCAUUGUCACCAACAGCGUUGCAGAGACGGACAGCGCCUGUGACGGUGAGAGCGGCUUUGGAGAGGAGGAAGCGUGGGAAGCGGUGGGUGCUGGUGUGACCAAGCUUGUGGGUCGCUUCGUGGACAAGGUGUGCCACGAGAGCGGUGUCACGGAGGAGCACGUGCGCGCCCUACACCAGAUGGUGCCUGGUGUAGUGGCCAUCCAACAGGAAAUGCUCGAGGCUGUCCAUCGGGAGAGCAAGCGCCUGCCGCCCAUUCCCAAACCCAAAAUGUUGGUGCCGGGCCUGCUGCAAGGAGAGGAGCUGGCCAUGGAGGGGCUGCGGUGCUACCUCAUCCCGGAUGGCCGUGAAGAGGGCACGGGGGCACCCACCCUGGGUGGGCCCACUCUGCUACCUGCGGAGGGUGCCAUAUUCCUCACAAACUACCGUGUCAUCUUCAAGGGCAGUCCCCUUGACCCAUACGCGUGCGAACAGACGGUGGUGCGGAGCUUUCCAGUAUCGACGCUAACCAAGGAGAAGAAGAUAGCGGUCCAGUACCUCCAACAUUUGGAGCAGGUGCUGCCCGAGGGCCUCCAGCUGCGCUCAAACACCUUCCAGCUGAUGAAGGUGGCCUUUGAGGACGAAGUGACGUCUGAGAGCAUCGAGGCCUUUCGCAAGCUCCUGGGCCGUGCCCACUGCCCGCCCCAUUUAUUCCAGCUGUUCGCCUUCAGUGGUCACAUGGCCACGCCUCCAACACCGCUGCACAAGAAGGAGAAGCAUGCCACACUCACGGGCAAGGCAAAGCGGCAGUUGCUGAAGACAGCCAUGCGGGCUGGCUUCAAGCCGCGUCCUUCAUCACGCAAGCAGAAGUACGUGGUGCAGGGGCCCAUGGCGGCCAGGACUCUCCCGGCGGGGGCACGACCGCCCUACGACCACGAGACUCCCGACCGGCCCCUCACCUUUCUUCAGGAUGACGACGCCUCGGAUGACGCUGAAUCCAUGCCACCUCCACCACUACCGGCCGUUCCACAUCUUCCCCACCGAUCGCUGGAGAAGAUGGGUGACACUGUGUAUAGCCGCGACUGGCAGAGGCUGCACCUGGGUGCACUGGGUGCCAACUCAACCAUGUCUCGGGGUCGUCCUGAGGGCUUUCGCAUCAGUUCUGUCAACAUGGGCUACACCGUGUGCCGUAGCUAUCCGGCUCUCGUGGUGGUUCCCCAAAGUGUUCCUGAUGACAGCAUCCGCAAGCUGUCUCGCUGCUACAGGCAUGCAAGGUUUCCAUCUGUGUGCUGGCGCCACCCGGGCACCAAGGCGCUGCUCAUUCGGGCCAGCGGCUUUCACGGCAAGGGCGUGAUGGGCAUGCUCAAGGGCCACCCAACCACCUCCAGCACUGUGAGCGAGACGUCAUCCUCGAUCGAGCAGGAGAAGCUGGUGGCGGCGCUGGUGCGAGCCAGCCCCCUGUCCCAGCCGUCGCGCGCCUCACCUGGUGUGCACGACUCAUCCCUGAGCAUCAGCUCCCUGGUGCUUGACGGGGCCCACGACAACUUUCCCACACUGACGCCCGAGACGGCGCGCCGCUCGCACAACCCCUUCCAAAAGGCUGUCAACAGCCUGCGCUCGUCGGGUGGCAAGAGUGGGAAACAGAUUACCGAUUCCUUCCAAAUGUUCAUGAACCUAAAUCGAGGCCUGUUACCACCUCAGAAGUCUCGUUGGGGCAGCCUGAAAGAUCGCCGUCAUGGCUCUACAGGCAGCCUGACACCAGAGUUUGCCCUGCGAGCCUCAAGAAUGGCUGAAGGUGGCUCCCAGGAAGGCGUGCACACCCUCCACAAGGUGGCACUGUACAUCUUUGGCGAGAAAUCGCAGAUAAAGGGCAUCAAGCCGGAGACAUAUGCCAACUGUGACCUCAUUCCCGUGGAGUAUCCUGAAGUGCGGCAGGUCAAGGCCAGCUUCAAGAAGCUACUACGUGCCUGCUGCCCCAGCGCUCCUCCAGCCAGUCCUGAACUGAGUUUCUACAAGAUGGUUGAGGGCUCAGAGUGGCUAAACCAGUUGCAGUGCAUCUUGCAGCUGUCGGGCGCAGCCGUCGACUUGAUCGAUGUCCAGGGCUCUUCAGUGAUGCUGUGCCUCGAGGACGGCUGGGACUUCACCUGCCAGGUGGUGUCUAUUGCUCAGCUUUGCUUGGACCCAUACUAUCGGACUUAUGAGGGUUUCCGGGUGCUGAUCGAAAAGGAGUGGCUGGCAUUCGGCCACAGAUUCUCGUAUCGAGGCAACCAGACUGCUGCCGCAGCUGCCAGUGGCUUUGCGCCAGUCUUCCUCCAGUUCCUGGAUGUUGUUCAUCAGCUUCUACGGCAGUUCCCGAUGUCGUUUGAGUUCAACGACCUGUUCCUACGGUUCCUGGCGUACCACCACGUGUCGUGCCGCUUCCGCACCUUCCUGCUUGACUCUGAGCUGGAACGCAUCGAGCUUGGCUGGACUCCCUCGCCCAGCGGCGCAAGCAGCCUACAUCGCAGUGGCCGCAAUGUGGCUGCGGCUCUGGCUUCAGCCGAGAGUGGCUCGGACGAGGAGUCGGCUGCCGCGGCUGCCUCAACGUCAGCGCGGGCCUCUGCGGCUCCGUCCUUUUGGGAGUACGCCGAUCGUCUGUGGUGCAAGUCGUCGGCCUUCUACAACUUCUGGUAUGCAGCCAACCUGGAAGACGAGGUUCUACGCCCCUACUCGAACCUGUCCAACCUGGAAGUGUGGGAUUACUACUUGGAGGAAACCCUCUGCCAUGGCCCCAUUUAUGAUCCGGAACUAGUUGUCCUCGAGCGAGGGCCCAAGGUUGUCCCUGAGCCGAUGCCACUUCAAAGGCCUGGGGGUUCCUCCGGCAACACCAGCAACGCGCCUUCUCGCCGCAUAUUGUACCCCUGCUAUGAUGACGCAGGCGAUGCUGAAGCCGACGUCUUCACUCAGCUGCUGGAGGCACUGCAUGACCAGGAAGCUGCGCUCGGACAUCUCCCGCAGAAGUGGCAUGUGCUCUGGAACAAGCUGGACGUCCCUGUUGUGGACACUCUAGUGCGCCAGUCGUCGUUCAGCACGGAGUUUGUGCGUGCCCACGGGAGGGCGCUGCACAAGCGUUCCACCAUUGAGUUCCUGGUGCGUGGCAAGAUGGCCGGUGGUGCCCUGGAGGCAACAGGGGGUACUCCGGGAGCCACACCAGCUGUGCCCCCGCAGGCGUACCCGCACCGCUUUGACCGCUGCAGCUACUCGACGCCCACCUACUGCGACCUGUGCUCAAGUAUUCUGUGGGGACUUGUCAAGACUGGCAUGCAUUGUGUGGACUGCGGUUACAACUGCCACGAGCGGUGCCUGCCACAGGUGCCCAAGAACUGCACCAAAUACAAGAGUGUGGUUCCGGACCCUGGCUCGACUGCGCUCACCAAGGGGCCUAGCGCCGAAAGUGCCUCCAUCACUUCCGGCAUGCACUCGACCAGCCAGUAUUAUGACCAGUUCUCGUCCAACUGCCCGGAGAACCGGACACACGAGGGCUACCUCUUCAAGCGGGGAGCCUUGCUCAAGGGGUGGAAGCAGCGCUGGUUUGUGCUCGACUCUACCAAGCACCAGCUGCGGUACUAUGACGCGGUGGAAGACUCACACUGCAAGGGGUUGAUUGACCUUUCGGAGGUGAUCUCAGUGACCCCGUCUCUGCUUAUUCAAGGGGCGCCGAAAAGGGCUGACGAGAAGUCCUUCUUUGAUGUGAAAACAAGCAAGCGGAUGUACAACUUUAUGGCUGCAGAUGCUUCGGCUGCGCAAGAGUGGAUCGAGAAGAUUCAGUCUUGCCUGCAGUGAGGGUCGAAUUGGUCGCACGACCUCCGCUUCCACCUCCACCGGCCUGCGUCAUAAGCUCAGCAGAGAUCUCUUCAUCCGUCUCUUUUCCCAAGGCCCUCACACUGCAUGGAAUGCCUGAAGCAAAGCUCCACGAUCAAGUUCGCCGUAUUUUUGCUGCUUCCUUUAAGGUCUUCUGCACAAGCGAUGUAGCCAGUCAGUCUUCAGAACACGCCAGCAGAACACACAAGGACCGAUGAGAGAAGUGCCAGUAUUUGGCCAGGCCGAACAGGCGCUUAAAAUCAGCCUUGCUGCGUUUAUAUCCUCGCCACCAGCCUUUCUUUUUUUUAAGGGUUUCAGAAUGAGCCUGCUUUCAAUGUUGAUUCCUGAGAACAAUAUAUGUGGCAAAAGAAAACCAGUCGGUACUUCAGCAAAUGUGGCCAGAGAAGGGGGCAAUGAGCAAGCCGCCCGCACGAUAGUGCCUCCUGGUUCUCCAGACAUUUCUGAUGUUCAUUUUAAUUGCAGCCGCCUCUUGCAGGGUAGAUACAAAAGCACACUCUCGCAUAACUUUGUCAGAUUCUCGUGACUGUCGAGAAGAUUUCUGCACAACGGACGAACAGGGCUGCUACGAGAGGAUGGCAGCGACUCAAGGAGGAAGACACUUCAAUGUGAACAAGACGACCUUUUAAGACAAGACCACUAGUCCAAUGUGCCACUGCACCAGUGUUUCUUUUUUUCUUGUGUGUGUGCCUUAGACUGUUUUAAGUUUUAGCCCUUGACUCUCUAUCUCGUCAUCGCAGUGGACACUCUUAUUAGAUAGCUUGUGUUUGUUGUUUGUGUUGACGUAUAUAUUUUUUUUCUUCUCGUACCAGUGGGCCAAUCAUUGCGAUCCUUCUCGCCGCUACUGCCAGGCAAUGAUUGUUUUCCUUAUAAGCCACUCGCGUCAGUGAGCAUUGUUUGCCUUUUUUCCCCCCCUUGUUAUGUGGUACCUUGUUGUGGACCCAACAUUGCCCGGCGACAUUCCAGUUCCGAAAAAGGUCGUCUUUCCUUGUUUUGUUUUGCUUUCUUAAUGGCAAAAAUCGAAACAAAAAACGUUGUCUUUCUUCUUUUUGUGUUUGCUUGAAAUUUUUUAUUUUUUGCCUUGUGCCACUUAUGUACAGCAUGCCAGAAUACUGCAAUCUUUCUUUAUCAACAGCAAUCAAUAAGAAAGUACGAGAGAAAAUGAAACAGUUGACUUGUGGAAAUCUUAACUCGAAAGAUGAAGUACCAGCGGCACCUGGAAGCAUCUGUUGUAAAUGGUUUUGCUGCUGUGGGUUUGCAGCAUCUUUCCCAGUAAGCUCACUGGUGCUGUUUUGAAAUAUAAAUGUAAAUGUUGCUGUUGUACAGUAUUCUGCUUGGCUCACUGGUCAGAAUGGGUAGAAUUGUAUGUUUAUUUGUAAAGCGCAUACAAGAUUUUGCUGUGCGAACAGUACAAAAACGUGCAGAACUGGGUAACAGCUCUGUAGUUUGCCAGUCUUGCUGUUGUUCUACUGUGUACGUUUCCAUGCUCCUAAUUGCACAUAGGCCAGCACACAGACAAAGAUGUGUACAGAAAACCGUAAGGCCUCUGAUGGCAAAUAUACCUUUAGAAGUGAAAAAAAAAAAAAAAUGUCUAGGAAAACCUUUAUUCGUUUCUGUGGCAGACAGGUUGCAGUAUUCCGGAUGAAUGUAGCCAGUCAACGUGAACUACCACUGCUAUUACGUACUGUUGCCUUUAUUAAAGUGUAUCUAGCUACCUACGCAAAAGCUGACACACCGUCAUGCAGCCUGUACAUAUUAUAUUGCGUGCCUAGUGGUUGCUUGAUUUUUGUUUCCUGCCUGCCUGCCUGCCUGACGCAAAUAGGAUUUUCCAAUGUGCACAGACAAUAUUCGAAGCAGGUGUAAAAUUUGCAUAGAUGCAAUACUCUUGUUGUACAUAGGGAGAAAGCCACAGUGGUGGAUCUUAUGCAAAGUGGUUGCAGCUGAAAAGCUGCAGAGGAGCUACUUCGAGACUGCCAAUAAGCUGCAACCUGAGGAAAUGUAUUGAAAAGUGACAAGCUUCGUGUGUGGCCAAUAAAACGAAGCCCCUGGAA